AUGGGAAUGCUACAUGUAUCUUCGGUAUUUGGCGCCAGUGAUAAAAACAGCUGGGAAGGUUAUAUGGAGCCGGGCAGCAGAAAACUAGAUAUUGAUUUUUCCAGCUUCAGUGAGGUGAGAGAAAUGGUGAGAGAUGGGGGGAAGGGACAACAAAGGGAUCCACAGAACCCCCCCCCAAAUGCUUUUCCAUUUUUUUCUUUCUUCUCCCCUUUUCUUCCACCUUCCCCUUUUCUUUCCCCCUUUUCUUUUUCCCUCACUUUUCUUUCCCUCCUUUCCCCUUUUCGUUUUUUUUUCUUUUCAUCGACGACUUGUCAAAGACUAGAGGAUGAAGAAUGGUUUCAUGGCGUACUUCCUCGAGAAGAAGUUCAAAGACUCCUUGUCAACGAUGGUGACUAUCUUGUUCGUGAGAGUAAAAACAAGAAAACAAAUGAAGUUGUGUAUGUCUUGUCUGUUUAUUGGAAAGGACACAAACAUUUUAUCAUUCAAACUGAAGAGGGUGGUUGGCGCCUUGAAGGUCCCGUUUUCCCAACCAUACAGCACCUCCUUGAGCACCAGAUAAUGAAGGGUCAACCAGUCACAAAUAAAUCCCAAGCCAUUCUGAAGAAUCCCAUCCUGCGAGAGCCUUGGGAAUUGAAGAAUGAUGAUAUUCUUCUUGAUAUGAAAAUUGGUAAUGGUAACUUUGGUGAAGUCUACAAGGGUAAGUACCAACCAAAGAACAUGGUUGUAGCAGUGAAGACUUGUCGAGACAGCCUGACAGAAGAACAGCGUAAGACUUUUCUUCAGGAAGGCCGUAUUUUGAAGCAAUACGAGCACCCGAACAUUGUCAAAUUCAUUGGCAUCGCUGCCCAAAGGAAACCAGUUAUGAUCGUCAUGGAAUAUGUGGCUGGAGGGUCAUUAUUACUAUUUCUGCGUAAAAAUGGCCGACAACAGACCCGGCAUCAACUUGUGCUCAUGUGUGAAAAUGCUGCAAGUGGUAUGAAUUUCUUGGAGGAGAAAAAUUGUAUCCACAGAGAUUUAGCUGCCCGAAACUGUUUGGUAGGAGAAAAUAAUGUUAUCAAAAUCUCAGAUUUUGGGAUGUCUCGUGAAGAAGAGAUGUACGUUGUCUCUGAUGGUAUGAAACAGAUUCCAAUCAAAUGGACAGCACCAGAAGCAUUGAACUAUGAUUUAUCCAAUCUCUGCCCGUCGGUGUCCCCGAGUCUGUUCUCUGCCCGUCGGUGUCCCCAGUCUGUUCUCUGCCCGUCGGUGUCCCCCGAGUCUGUUCUCUGCCGUCUGGUGUGUCCCCAGUCUGUUCUCUUCGGUGUCCCGUCUGUUGUCCCAGUCUGUUCUCUGCCCGUCGGUGUCCCCGAGUCUGUUCUCUGCCCGUCGGUGUCCCCGAGUCUGUUCUCUGCCCGUCGGUGUCCCCGAGUCUGUUCUCUGCCCGUCGGUGUCCCCGAGUCUGUUCUCUGCCCGUCGGUGUCCCCGAGUCUCUUCUCUGCCCGUCGGUCUCCCCGAGUCUCUUCUCUGCCCGUCGGUCUCCCCGAGUCUCUUCUCUGCCCGUCUAUUUGUCAAUCUGUCUUUUCCUCUCUCCCAGACUAUUGA